AUGGCUGAGUUCGACAUCCUCGCGCAACCAUACGACCUCGAAGCCUCGCAUAAAGCCGACCGCGGCAACGACUGUAUCACAGUCAACAUCGGCCUUCACUUCGACUUUUGCGGAUUUGCCGAAGAACAUGGGGCGCAGUCAGCGACGAAGCUGUACAUCCUUGGUGAUUGGCAUUCACCGUCCAAUGGCUUGCAGUCGAAGAAGGGCGUCGAGAAGAUUUGCAAUCUCAUUGAGAUGAUGCCUAACUUGGAAGAGUUAACGUGGGUUUCAGGGCUGCCGUUCAUGGACCUUGUUUGGACAGUCCUACCGAAGACUCUGAAGAAACUAGUUGUAUCUCUGAGCAGAGCGGUCGAAGUUCACCCGGACGACGCCUUCCACGUUCCGAAAUUCAUCUCACAGGAGUCGAUGAAGCCUCUAGUCCAUUUCACUCAGCUUCGGGAGCUCCGUCUCUUUGGGAUGCAAGACUCCUUUCAGUGCAUCAUCUGGGAAACAGUCUUUCGGAAUGAAGCCGAGGGUGGCGGAAUGCGUGUCCUUGAUCUUAGAAUGGAGCACGCGCCCCUGGUAGACCGCAUGGCACACUGGGUCAAAGGCCAGGACGUAGCUGAACUGACUGUCUCUGACGAUGAUCCCCCAGAGUACAAGGGCUCUGACGGGAAAGGCAUUCUGCACCAUCGAUACGGGUGCGGCGAGUACCUCGACCAUUUCUGCAUGAAGAAAGGGCGCAUUGCGUCCGGAGUGGACGAGACGAAGCCCCUUCCCCUAUGGUGCCUCAAGCUCGACGGCUUCGUAAUUGACCGGCUUCCAUUCGAGCACGAGCUCACCCGUAUCGUAUUGCUGACCUGUGGCGAGAGCUGUGUCGAUGCGGGUCUCCGCGCUCCCAAGACCCCCCGCGCACCAUUAAACAAAUGGGGUUCCAGUGUGAACAAAGACAACACUCAUUCCUACAUCGUAUGGCCGAGUUGGUCGGGAAUCUUCGACAACCAAGGACAACUGCUCGACGCGGAAGGGAGUGUCGACCGAGAUGAGGAGCGUGACGUUGAUCCGGCCAUUAAAGAGGGAGCCUCAAGUGACUCGGUGCCGCUGACCAAGGAGUUUUUCGACCUUGAAGAUUUGGAGGCGGCUCUGAGAGAACACAAGCGGAUGGAGCCACUCAUUGUUCCUGGGUCUCCGUUGUACGACGCAUCCCAAGGUACAGACGGCGCCCCAACCUCACUGGAUGUAGCAUCCAAUGCUUCAACUCGCGGCUCAGCGGUGCCAACUUCUCCUGUGAUGACGGCGAUCAAUAGCUCCGCUCUAGUCGAUGCCAUUGACAAUACUCACAACACAAACGGAGAGGUAGAUGGGGACGUCGACUGGAAUGCCGCGACCGCUGGCUCCACCAAGCCUCGAAGCAACGACGGUACAGCAACGCCGCCGAACAUUGCUCGAAAGAUGCGCAGGCCUUACUAUCCUGCUCCAGGUAUAAACUAG